CAUUGCCCAACCAUGGGCUCCCGCUGGUGACAUGGAACUUGCCGUUGUUUGCUCUACACUUACACUGGUUUCUAUUGCGCAGCGACUAAUAAUAGCAUCAAAGCUGACCUGAAUGAAAACAUGUCAGCUGUGAAUGGCUCAAAGCCAGCAAUGUUCAAAGAACUAACAAAGAAUGGCUAUAGGAAAAAUUUUUCACAACCUGAAAGACAGCAAGAUGAAGAAACUGUGCUAUAUAUAGGCAUCUAUGUCAGACCAUGCCUGCUUGAUUUACUACAUCAGCAAGAUGUGGGAUAUUUAAAGCCUCGAGUGUACCAGACAGUCUUUCAGGGUUACUGAAAAUUCCAAAAGUCACUUUAUCCAAACUCUGAAAAGCUUUGUCCCGCGUCCUUUCUUUCUCUUAAUCUAUACUGUUUUCUUUGAUUUCAGAAUAACAUGAAUCCCCGCAAGCGAGACUUCGAUGACUUCAGGCUUGAUUGCCCUAGGUGCACGCCACCAAUCUACAGGAGGCCAUAUAGGACAAUCAGCGAGGCGCGCAAUUUUGCUAGGAAAAUAAUGGCAGCCAUUUACUUUGACAUCAAUGCCAUUUGUGUGAACCAAAACAAUGUCAAGAAUGACCCAGAGUCACCCGACAUAGUCCGCUAUUGUUUCGAAUCCAACGAAGCCAUCAAACUGGUUGACGAGGCUGUCAUGCAAAAAGUUAACGAGGUAGGCUCCUCAUCUGAAGGGGAACAACUUAACCACCAGCAAAAGUACAUCGAUGCCUUUCUUAAAAGACUUGACUGGCGGACACUUGCCAUCUGUGCAUACUCGAGUGGAUUCCGUCUGGCACGCAGAGAGGAUUUCGAGGUAUGGGAGGAGCUAAUUGAGAUGAUCUGGAUAAACCGCACAAGUCUCAACCUAUUCGCUCGAACACGAGCGUUGGAAUUCCGUGACUUGCUGUUGAGAAAUGCCAAACACCUACCGGCGGUUCGCCAGGCAUCGGAGCCACUUCGGAAUCUAGCCGUAGGCAACCCACACUUGUUCUACCAGGCAUCGACUGGCUUUCUCAAAGUUCCGACCUAUGAAGGGGUGGCUCAAGUGCCUGUCAAAAGCUGCAUCUUCGACCCAAAGAAAUGGAAUGGCGAGGAGGAUCCGACAAUCCGUACCAAGGACGACGGGUGCUGUGAUCUAUGUUUUUCGAAGGAAAUCUGUUCGUGCACAAUAACCGCGUCGGCAGCAUCGUUGGUGGAGCUCAGUGAGUACCAGUACAAAGGCGUCGGUGUACGAGCCCUGGGCAAUUUCAAGAAGGGAUGUAUUCUCGAUGAAUUUAUUGGGGAGCUCUACCCAAAUGGAUACGAUGGUGACCCCGAGUACUCUCUCUUGCACGAAUCGAAAUCCAGUCCCAAAAAGCAUUGUGUGAUCUCGCCCAAGCACCUCGGAAAUUGGACUCGUUUUAUCAACCAUUCAUGCAACCCGUCAACCGUGUUCAGGAAGAGAACGAUCGGAAAGCGAACGAUGAUGACUGUGGAGACGCUCCGGGACAUAUCGAUUUUUGAAGAAAUCACCAUUGAUUAUGGAUAUGGCUAUUGGAGAAACCGAAGGUGUGCUUGUCGGGCGCCUAAUUGCCCUGACUUUUAAGAAUAAUGCACUGUCUGUUUGAAGGAAAGUGUUCUUAAUCUUUUAUUUUAUGUUUGUCAAUUGAUAAUGAUGUAUGGAGUAUCUGGAUUUAUGUUUUAUCUGUACUUAGAUAUGGUUGAUGAUGGUCCAUGUUGAAAAUGAAGCUAUUCACAAACCAACCCAACAAAUAAAUUAAC